GAAAGCAGAAGCAGCAUGGGGUCUAUGGAGCAGACGAUUCUGGUGACCGGCGGCGCGGGGUUUAUAGGGAGCCACACGGUGGUUCAGCUGCUUGAGGCGGGGUUUAGGGUUUCCGUCAUUGAUAAUCUCGAUAACUCCGUUGCUGAAGCUGUUGAUCGCGUCAGGGACUUGGUCGGCCCCAAGCUCUCUCAGAAACUCCACUUUCAGCUGGGCGAUCUCAGAAAUAAGGACGAUUUGGAGAAGCUGUUUUCUCAAACGAAGUUUGAUGCUGUAAUCCACUUUGCUGGCCUAAAAGCUGUAGGAGAAAGCGUUGCACACCCGCACCGUUAUUAUGAUAACAAUUUGGUUGGAACUAUUAAUCUUUACGCGGUCAUGGCGAAAUACAAUUGUAAAAAGAUGGUUUUUUCAUCAUCUGCAACUGUGUAUGGACAACCUGAAAAAAUUCCAUGUGUUGAGGAUUUCAACCUUGUAGCUUUGAAUCCAUAUGGCCGUACCAAGCUUUUCCUUGAAGAAAUUGCUCGAGAUAUGUAUAAUGCAGACCCAGAUUGGCAAAUUAUUCUGCUGAGGUACUUCAAUCCAGUCGGGGCUCAUGAGAGUGGGAAAAUUGGUGAAGAUCCCAAAGGCAUCCCAAACAACCUCAUGCCGUACAUACAGCAAGUAGCUGUUGGAAGAUUGCCUGAGCUUAAUGUCUUUGGUCAUGAUUAUCCCACCAAGGAUGGUACUGCGAUCCGAGACUACAUCCAUGUUAUGGACUUAGCAGAUGGUCAUAUUGCUGCCCUUCAGAAGCUUUUUACAACAGAGAAUAUAGGUUGUGCUGCCUACAAUCUCGGAACUGGACAAGGUACAUCGGUGCUUGAAAUGGUUGCUGGUUUCGAGAAAGCUUCUGGCAAGAAAAUUCCUAUCAAACUAUGUCCGAGGAGGCCAGGAGAUGCUACUGCUGUUUAUGCUUCAACAGAGAAAGCUGAAAGGGAACUCGGGUGGAAGGCAAAAUACGGAAUAGAGGAGAUGUGCAGGGACCAAUGGAAGUGGGCGGUAAACAAUCCUCACGGCUACAAGUCGAAGUAUUGAAGGCGUUGGCAUGUAUAUACGCGCGGCAGCACACCGAAGUUCAGUCCGAAAUUGGACGGAAGAAGAUCCCGCGUUUGAUAUGAAUAAUUUCCACACAGUGCCUAAAAGAAGCGUAGUUGGGAAACAUCAACAUAUGUUGCUAAAUCAUUAUGUUCUUCCUUGUUUUUCUUUUUAUUAGAGAGAAAAAAAAAAGGUAGUGGGAAUAAAUUCCUCUGGCAAAAUAUAGAUAUUAUAAGCAUCGAAAAAGAAAAAGUUUAAAUGGUAGGAUUGUGAUGGGUCAAAAUGUCCUAGGAGAAUUGGAGAAACGUACGGGUUUGGUAAAGUUUGAACAAUUAUUGAACGUUAGACUGAAGACCUUUAUGUUUUUGUCAUAGAUUGAAGACAGUAUUUUGUGUUGCAGGAUUACCAUACGUCAAAAAUUCUAUUAUUUUAAUUAAAAAAAUGUAUUUAUGAUUC